UCUGGACAGAAGGAAGUCUUUAUCAAGAGGGACCUCUCCAGAAUCCACAUUGCUCCCAUUGAGGCUCCAAACCUCCACUUGACAAUGGGAAACUGGCUGGCUAACCACUGGCUUUCAGUUUUAUUUCUGGUCUCUUGGUUGGGGUUGAACAUUUUUCUGUUUGUGUAUGCCUUCCUGAAUUAUGAGAAGUCUGACAAGUACUAUUACACAAGAGAAAUUCUUGGGACCACCUUGGCCUUUGCCCGAGCCUCUGCUUUCUGCUUGAAUUUUAACAACAUGAUGAUCCUGAUUCCUGUGUGUCGCAAUCUGCUGUCCUUCCUGAGGGGCACCUGCUCAUUUUGCAACCGCACACUGAGAAAGCCAUUGGAUCACAACCUCAUCUUCCAUAAGCUGGUGGCAUAUAUGAUCUGCGUAUUCACAGCUAUCCAUGUCAUUGCACACCUAUUUAACUUUGAACGCUACAGUAGAAGCCAGCAGGCCAUGGAUGGAUCUCUUGCCUCUGUUCUCUCCAGCCUAUCUCAUCACGAGAAAGAAGGGGAUUCUUGGCUAAAUCCCAUCCAGUCUCCAAAUACGACGGUGUUGUAUGCAACAUUUACCAGUGUUGCUGGCCUUACUGGAGUGAUUGCCACAAUAGCCUUGGUUCUCAUGGUAACUUCAGCUAUGGAGUUUAUCAGCAGGAAUUAUUUUGAGCUCUUCUGGUACACACAUCACCUUUUUAUUGUCUAUAUCAUCUGCUUAGGGACGCACGGCCUGGGUGGGAUUGUCCGGGGUCAGACAGAGGAGAGCAUGGGUGAAAGUCAUCCCUACAAUUGUUCAAGUUCUUUUCUUGAGUGGGAUAAGCAUGAGUGGAGUUGUACACGCCCUCAUUUUGUGGGGCACCCCCCUGAGUCUUGGAAGUGGAUCCUUGCACCAAUCACUCUAUAUAUCUUUGAAAGGAUGCUUCGCUUUUAUCGCUCCCAGCAGAAGGUUGUGAUUACUAAGGUAAAGAAAUAUACACUUUCCACGUUGGAACUGCAGAUGCGAAAGCGUGGCUUUAGCAUGGAAGUGGGACAGUAUAUAUUUGUAAAUUGUCCCUCAAUUUCCUUCCUGGAGUGGCAUCCCUUCACUCUGACCUCUGCUCCAGAGGAAGAGUUUUUCUCAAUUCAUAUCCGAGCAGCAGGGGACUGGACAGAAAAUCUCAUAAGGGCAUUUGAACAACAGCACUCACCGAUGCCCAGGAUUGAGGUGGACGGUCCCUUUGGCACAGUCAGUGAGGAUGUUUUCCAGUAUGAAGUGGCUGUACUGGUUGGGGCAGGGAUUGGGGUCACUCCCUUUGCUUCCAUCUUGAAAUCUAUCUGGUACAAAUUCCAGCGUGCAGACAACAAGCUCAAAACACAAAAGAUUUACUUCUACUGGAUCUGCAGAGAGACAGGUGCUUUUGCCUGGUUCAACACCUUAUUGAAUUCCCUUGAACAAGAGAUGGAGGAAUUAGGCAAAAUGGAUUUCCUAAACUACCGUCUUUUUCUCACUGGCUGGGAUAACAACAUUGCUGGUCAUGCAGCAUUAAACUUUGACAAAACCACCGACAUCCUGACAGGUCUGAAACAAAAAACCUCCUUUGGGAGACCAAUGUGGGACAAUGAAUUUUCCAGAAUAGCUGCUGCUCACCCCAAGGCUGCAGUGGGGGUUUUCUUGUGUGGCCCUAGGACUUUGGCGAAGAGCCUGCGCAAAUGCUGUCAGCGAUACUCAAGUCUGGAUCCUAGGAAGGUUCAAUUCUACUUCAACAAAGAAACUUUCUGAAAUGCAGAAAGCAGUGCAGUAGCCUGUACUUUCCUUUUUCACUUUACCAACUUGCAGGUCGGCUACUAGGUAAUACUGUGCCUCACAAGGACUUCAUUCCCCACUUUUACAAGUUUGCAUUCAUCUUCAUCAUACUUGAGCUUUGCCAACCCAAGAGCUGCUCAAGUCACACUAGUUGCAAAGCACACCAACUGGUUUUUGUGGGGAUGAUUGUAAAUCCUAGGAAGCCUGACUUCAGCUGAGCUUUGAUAGUUGACGCUUGUUCAAUUUAACCUCUGGUGUCUUGCUGGAUUCCUGAACUUUGUUCCUAAUCUCCCCUCCCAUUUGCCCCUCACAAAAGAUUUCUAAGCAGGGUGACUUUUAAAAUAUUUAUUGAAUCCAGGACAAAACAAUAAUCAUAAAUAAUAAACAUAAAAUUACCAUGAUUCGCACUCCCAUAUCAUACUCACUAGGUACAUUGUUAAACACAAUCUUAUCCAGUGUGACCAACAGUUUACACUUUGUUUUGUCAAAAAAUGAAAGGUUUUCAUCUUUGCUUAUUGAACAAUUCUGCUUAAUUUCUCUAGGCUUUCCAUCUGACGUAUAUUAACUGUAAUCAAAUUUACAUUAUAAUUAGAAGCCAACUAUAUGUCAUUUUGUAUUGUUUGAAAUAACUGGGAACACCUGGCCUACAUCAUGGAAUAAAUGAAUUCAACACCAAGUUCUCUACUAUUUUUGUUAAAGGGGUUUGUUUAUGAAUGUCUGGUAUAAAAAGACAAUAAAGAAUUUAUAAUUUUGA